CUUCCAUCUUUGCAUCGGUUGAAGUGCGCUGAUUGCAUGCAUCCCUUGGUCUGUCCCUCUGUCCAUCCAUCAAUUUGUACGGACAGACAGCCAUGACCAGACAGACAGACAGUCAGACAAACACACAGCCACGACUAUUCACAUCCCACAGGAACGGAAACGAAACAAGCCGCAUCAUCACUACACAACGACGUUGCAGCCAAGCUACAAUGUACACACGCCUCGUGAUUGUUGGUCAUGCACAUAAGCUCACACCACUCCACGCCACGCCAGCCCCGUCCCCACCAUAUCAGUCAGCCGGUCUCUCCGGUCUCUCCAGAUCGCGGCAGGCUCGUGGACAGCCUGGUAACAUACAUGCUGGCAUCAGCGGCAGGUAGAUAUGCUCACACCACUUUGCGCCCCCACUCAUACCUGAGAAUCUUGAUACAAGUGUAGAAGACAUCUCUGUUGUACUCGCUGUCGAAAAAGAGGAACACCUCCCUCUGCAAUACAUCCACACACACACACACACACACACAGAGAGAGAGAGAGAGAUGUGAGCACCUGAAGCGCGCGCGCGUGUGUGUGUGAUCAUUGCGAUUUUUCACCUGAUUGUCGCCUUCGCCUAGCUGCAACCCCACACAUCGACUGGUGGUCGUCUCGGCCGAGAGAGAAGGCAACUGAUGAAACGCACGGGUGCAGGCAGCAAAGUUAACUGUACGCCAAUACGCAUCAUGUAUUUGUGGGUACUCACAGACCUUCUCUGCGACUUGCUGGUUCUUCCACACCGACACCACCUGCCAAUCGCCACACAUGCAGACAGACAGACAGACAGACAGACAGACAGCAGUGCAUGGGUAUGAUGCCUCGAUGCAGCCGCGCGCUCACGUCCGUCACGGCGCAGCUGUCGGUCUUCUUGCCAUCCUCUCCACGCAGCUGGAAGCUCUGAUCACCGGACACAACAACGGAUGUAUCAUGCCUGUGCCACGUUAAGUGGAUUCCUCAUAGCUCUCACCUUGAGGUAUCCAUCCAUGAGGAACACAUUGUCCGCCGUGCUCCCAUCAGUCGGGUCGAUGACGGAGACGUCGAUGCCCUUCACAGCGUCCUGCAGCACAUGCGCAACACGUCUCACACCAGCCGAUAGACACGCAGUAUGUGUGCUCGCGUCCUCCCUCACCUUGGCGAACUGUUUGACGAGGGUCUGCAGCCGCGCCUUCUCUUGCGCCUUCAUGACCACACACACACACACCAAUCAUACAAGAUUCAUUCUUAUCCGCGCCGUUCCCCAGUGCCCGUACCUUUUCUGCGGGUGUCAUUGAAGCGGCCGUGCGAGAGCCGCCGCCGGCAUCCUGAACACGGCCCGGGGAUAACGAACCGCUCUUCUUGAGCCGUUUUAUCUCCUGAGCCUGCCGCCAGGCGAAGGCGAGAGCCAGGACCAGCGCCACAGUAAGUCCCAAGGCAACCUGCAAAAAAGGUGGACUCACUGCAUCGAUGCGCCUGCUCUGUUCGGUCUGUGCUGCCUUGGGUUGCGCACCUGUGUAGUGAUGUCUGUCGAGGACCCUUCAGCUCGUCGCGAUGAGUCACAGUUGACGCCGGUACUACUGGAACACAGCAACAACACGAGGACCAUUGCGAUUGCCUCCAUUGCGGUUGCACAGGAUAAGAGAGGCAGAAGCUCUUC